GAUAUUUUAAACGAUCAUGCAACAGUUUGUGCUAUUUGUGCUUUUUUUCGCAGGAUUUUCACAUGCGUUAAAAUCCUGUGAGACUUGUUUAGGCUCUGGGUAUCACUACUGUGCAGACUCAAAGCUUUGUAAUACACCCGCAUGUGUGAAUACUAUCAAAGAAGUGCUCAAUUGUCCACAUGCUCCAAAUGCCACAUAUGACGAUAAUGAGGCCAGAACGAAAUGGUUGCCGCUUUUUGGAGCUGGAGCCACUAAUGCAAAAAUGGCUCAGAAAUGUUUCGACAAUAACUGGCCAACACUGAAGGUUUCCAAGCGUUUUCUAGUCAACUGCAGCGACCCAAGUCCAAUUCUUCCUCCAACCGAAUGUGCAAUGAUCACCGCUGUUGAUGUUUCCCAAAAAAUUCUGGUGAUGACUUUCCGUGCGACACUUGGAAAUACUCAGCUAGGAGAGGAGGUGCUCAAUUUUUUGGUGGCUAAGAAACAAUUUUUCGACGUCGGAAAGGUUUUCGAAUUCUUCUAUGAUGCCUACUUGGCACUUUGGAGAGCGGGGCUCGAGCAGGAGAUCAGAAGUUUGAAGUAUAGGUACCCGGAUUAUGAACUAUGGGUCACCGGUCACUCUCUUGGCGCUUCUUUAGCCUCUGUCGGUGCAAGUUGGGUUGUGAAGGCAGGCAUAUUCAAUCCAGAUUCUGUGAAGGUUUUCACGGCGGGUCAACCAAGAACCGGAGACUAUAAUUAUGCGUUGUGGCACCAGAAUACGUUUGCCUACUCGUUCCGUGUUGUCCACCAUCACGAUAUUGUACCACAUGUGCCAUUGCAAAAUGCACCGGUGGAUCACGAUAGGAUGUACCAUCAUCGUACUGAAGUUUGGUACAACAACGACAUGUCAGUUGGCUCAAGCUAUCAAAUUUGUCCGGAAGCUGAUGGUUUAUAUUGUGUCAAUCAGCAAGUGGACUUGAGCUGGAACGAUCAUACCCAUUAUUUUAAUACCGAUUUGAAUGUUUAUGGAGAUUUGGGGUGCCCGAAGAAAUAGUGUUGUUAUAAAUUUUAAAUUAUAAAUUAUAAAUUUUAUAUUUAAAA